GAACUUGCGCCCCGCUGCGGACAGUGCUGCGCACGCGCAGCUUCGCCAUCUUCCUGGUCCCCCUCCUGCGCCAACAGGUUUAGCGAAGCCCGAAAUCCCGUUUCCAGAUUUCCCAGUAACUUUCAAGGUCCUGGUUGCCCACCUUCCCAAGAGCAGAGUUGUAUCUUCACACGUCUCCAUGCCUUUUUAAAGAACAGCAGAAAAUGAACAAACGCCAGAUUUCCAUUUGGUUCUCUGCUGAAAUUAUCCAUUUGAUUUUGCAUGUCAUACAAGUGAAGGGGUCACUGUCAUUUGGAGAUGUGGCUGUGGACUUCUCCCAGGAGGAGUGGCAGCACCUAGACCCUGCUCAGAGGACCCUGUACAAGGAUGUGAUGCUGGAGAACUACCACAACUUUGUCUCAGUGGGGUAUCUCAUUAAAAAGCCAUCAGUGAUCUUAAAGUUGGAAGAAGGAAAGGAGCCAUGGAUAUUGGAGGAAGAAUCUCUAUACCAGAACUACCCAGAAGACAGCAAAGCUUACCUAACAGAGAGAAUCCAGAAAAACCAAGACAAAUAUUUGCCACAAGUUUUAUUAAACAACAAAACAGUGACUUCAGAGAAAGUUUAUGCUUUAAGAAAAUCAUCUAAUAUGAGUACAGAGUUUAUUCCUUCAAGAAAAAUGCCCUGUAAACAUGACUUACAUGGAAUGAAUUUGAAAAAUAUUUUAAUAUCAAUUGGUAGUAAGAGAAAUUCUUCAAGAAAAAAGCCUCCCAUGUUAAAUGUAUAUGAGAAACUACUUGAUGUUAAGCAGGAUAAACCUCAUACUCAAGAGAUUUCUCAUGAAAAUAAUCAAUAUGAGAAAGCCCUUGGUCAUAAGAAUGGUGUUACUGAGCACGUAAAUAGUCAGUCUUCAGAGAAGACUUUAAAAUAUGAUGGUGGAACGUCCUUAGGAAAAAAGAUCACAGUAAUUCCACACAGGCAUAUUGACACAGGAGAGAAAAUCUGUGAAUAUAAUGGACGUGGAGAAACCUGUGAGAGGGCAUCUCUCUUGAAAUGUCAUGGGGUCUCCUUUGAAAUAAAACAAUGCAAAGGCAAUCAGAUUGAAAAUAAUUUCAGCAGGAUGUCACAUUUCACUAAAGUUCAGAAAAAACAGAGACGUGAGUGUCUAUUCAAAUGUAGUGAAUGUGGGAAAACAUUCAACUACAAGUCAAACUUCACAGUGCAUCAGAGAACACACACAGGAGAAAAACCCCAUGAAUUUAAUUCAUGUGGGAAAACAAGUCACAAAUCACCCCUCACAGACCAUCAGAUAACACAUACAGGGGAGAAACUUUAUAAAUAUAGUGAAUGUGGGAAGUCCUUUUGUAAGAAGUCAUCUCUCACUCGACAUGAGGGAACAUAUACAGGGGGGAAACCUCAUGAAUGUAAUGAAUGUGGAAAAACUUUCUGCAAGCAGUCAGCCUUCACUCAACAUCAGACAACUCAUACAAGAGAGAAACACUUCCAAUGUAAUGAACUCAGGAAGACUUUCCGUCGCCAGUCAGACAUUAAGGUACAUCAGAGAAUUCACAAAGGAGAGAAGCGCUUCCAAUGUAAUGAAUGCGGCAAAACUUUCCACUGGCAGUCAGACAUUAAGCUACAUCAGAGAAUUCACACAGGAGAGAAACCCUUUCAGUGUAGUAAAUGUGAUAAAACUUUCUAUCGGCGGGCAGAUGUUAAUGCACAUCAGAGAAUCCACACAGGAGAGAAACGCUUUCAAUGUAAUGAAUGCGGUAAAACUUUCUAUUGGCAGUCAGAUGUUCAUGCACAUCAAAGAACUCACACAGGAGAGAAACCCUUUCAAUGUAAUGAAUGUGGUAAAUCUUUCCAUCGGCAGUCAGAUGUUAAUGUGCAUCAGAGAACUCACACAGGAGAGAAACGCUUUCAAUGUAAUGAAUGUGGUAAAACUUUCUAUCGGCAGUCAGACGUUAAUGCACAUCAGAGGAUUCACACAGGACAGAAACCCUUUCAAUGUAAUGAAUGUGGGAAAACUUUCUAUCGGCAGGCAGACGUUAAUGUGCAUCAGAGAACUCACACAGGAGAGAAACGCUUUCAGUGUAACGAAUGUGGUAAAACUUUCUAUCGGCAGUCAGAAGUUAAUGUUCAUCAGAGAACUCACACAGGAGAGAAGCCCUUUCAGUGUAAUGAGUGUGGGAAAACUUUCUAUCGGCAGUCAGAUGUUAAUGCACAUCAGAGAAUUCACACAGGAGAGAAACCUUAUAAAUGUAAUGAAUGUGGGAAAUCCUUUUAUGAGAAGUCAUCCCUCACUCGACAUGAGAGAACUCACACGGGGGAAAAGCCCUAUGAAUGUAAUGAAUGUAGGAGAACCUUCUGCCAGAAGUCAGCCCUCACUCAACAUCAGAGAACUCACACAGGAGAUAGACCCUUUCAAUGUAAUGUAUGUGGUAAAACUUACCGUCAUCUGUCAGCCAUUAAUGUACAUCAGAGAACUCACACAGGAGAGAAACCCUUUCAGUGUCAUGAAUGUCAGAAAGCUUUUCUUACGAAGUCGACUCUUAUUAAUCAUCAGAGAACUCACACAGGGGAAAAACCCUUUGAAUGUAACGAAUGUGGGAAGAGUUUUCGUCAUAAAUCUACCCUCACUACCCAUCUGAGAAUUCACUCAGGAGAGAAACCUUAUAAAUGUUGUGAAUGUGGAAAAACUUUUGGCCGGAAAUCAGCGCUUACUCAUCAUCAAGGAAUUCACAUAGGGUAGAAACUCUGUGGCAGAAACUUGCUGUUUUUCCUAAUACACGUUUCUCUUUGUGCUUACACAACUAGUCAAGAUUUUCUAGCUUUCCUUCCAUUCACAUGAAGCCAUAUGACCUCUGAAACAAAUUCCAAGCCUGUAAAGGACCUCAUUUGGAAUUUUUCCUACUCCCAUUUUUCUUUCCUUAUCAAAGGGUAAUGGAGAUCAUCCUCAGGAUAACUUGGGAGCUAGUCAUUAGAGAUUACAGAGUCACAGGUUAGAAGAAACCAGGGUCCUGUGCAGAGUUCUGCCUUCUCUAACAUCACUUGUAAGUUUUGUCAUGAACCAGAAAGUAAUUUUGGACUUGUUCAGCCAUUACACAUUUAGGGCUUUUUGUUGUCAUGGUAUAUCUUAGCGAUCCCUCAUCUCAUAUGCAUCGCGAAUCUAAUGAAGGUAUGAGAAACACUGUAUGUCAGAAAAUUCAAUAGGCAGGGAAACUGCUGUCAGUAUUCUGCAUUUUAAUAAACUUUCAUCAACAAGUCAAGCAUUUUGUAAAUCAGAAAUUUGUGAAUUGAAACACCCCAAAAUGAAAUGGAAAUAGGGAAAUUUUCACAAAGAAUCUACAUCUGAUUGACCAUCAGAUAAUUGAGAGUAGAAUAAAAGCUAAUAACUUGAAAAACAUUCAAGAUUUAUUUAUCAGAGAAUACGUAACAAAAGAAAACUGUCAGUUUAGGAAGUGAGGAAAACAUCCUCAUCUAGAAAUAAUCUUCUUCUGGAAGUAAUGUUUUGGAUGCAAUACUAAAUAUCUUAUUAAUAACCUGACACGGGAUAUUUAUUUGACCGUCAUGGUCAACAAGGAGUAUGUAGCUUUGAGAAGGCACAAGUGAGUUGAGUCAUCAAAGCAACAGUACUAAGUGUAUAUGUGAAUAACAUGUAAACUCAAAGCAACAGUACUAAGUGUAUAUGUGAAUAAUAUAUGUAAACUCAAAGUAACAGCACUAAAUGUGUAUGUAAAUAAAGUAACAGCACUUUGUAAACAUCGAAGUAACAGCACUAAGUGUAUAUGUGAAUAAUAUAUGUAAACUCAACGUAACAGCACUAAGUGUCUAUGUGAAUAAAGUAACAGCACUGCUUGUUCACGUGAAUAAUAAUAAUAAGCCUCUGAGCUCUGUUAGGCUUAUACAUAGGAGUGUGCUCUUUAAUGGCUACUUUCUAUAUGCUUGAUUUUGUUUUAGCCUCCAAAAUAGUUCUAGUAGGAACAAUGCACCCUUACCUAAAUAAUUUUUGUAACAUACACUACGAUUUCUGACAUUAAAUGCUUUUGUUGUCCCAUCAUAUUCUUACACCACAAUGUAUAUUUUUUUAAAAGAAACGUUGAAUGCAUGACAUACCGUGCGUCAUGUGUGUUUUCUACUUUUUGGUGGCACGUGUAAAUCAGUACAGACAUUGUUAACAAACUGUUCUUUUAGGAAAUGACCAAAUAACAACUGAUAAAAUCAAGAUUUACUUGAAGUAUGCAAUGAUUCAGUACACAGUUAUUUAUAAUACACAUCUGAAUCAAUUUUCAAAAUUGUCCUUGAACAUUAGUACUUAUUAUUUCUGUACAGAUUGAAAGCAGGGCCUGUUGAAGAAAUUUUCCCCAUUUUAUAUUUGUGUUAUAUCCAAAGGAUAUGCUUAUAUAAGUUUUAAGUGUGAAGUUCAGAUUUUAUGUGAGCAAAAAAUUAUCUGCAUUUGUAUUUAGUGUGGUAGAAUGCCACAUUUUCCCUCCUACAAUUAUACAUGUUUUUUUCAGACAGGCUGUUCUAUGUCUGUCACUUAUUAUUUGAGUGACCUAUGUAGUGAUUUAAUUUCUGCCUCAAUUUCCUCAUCUGCAAAAUGGAGAUAAUACUACCUACCUCACAGAUACUGAACAGUUUGGGUCAGAGUUUUCUGUUAUUAGAGCUAAAGGCCUUUAUGUUUAGAACUCGAACAUUAGAAAUAAAAUGGUCUGUCAUUCCAUGGUAUGAAAUGUAUUUCUGCUUCUGGAGUUGAUACAAGAAAAUUCUUAUUAAAACUUUGUAUUUUGUCAGGUUUGUCUUUAAAACAUAUGAAACAAAUGUGUUUAAAGUAAAUAGAAUCAUCUAGUGACCUUUUCCUGUUGUUGAUUAAAUAUGGUAUAAACUAAAAAUCCAACUUUGUUUUUUUCCAAAUGAAUAGCCAGUUGAUCUUUCACCUUUUGAUUCAUUCACCCCUAUUUCGCUGAUUUGAAACCACAUUUUUGUUGUGUCGAGAUUUAUCCUUUGGUGGGGCUGUUACAUCUCUAGGCCCUGUAUCUCUGCCCCCCUUAUUCUGGUGGUGCACAAUCCAGACGGGCCAACCAAAGGGUACCACCCUACUGCCCCACGCUGAUGAUUUCACUGCUCUUCACUCUCCGCUUUUUGCUGCUCUGUAUAAACUCAUUGUGAAUUUCAGCGGUUCUGGUAACAUUUUGUCACAUCCCACUUUGUGCCUUAUCCUGAACACUGUUCCUUUAUUAAAACCAGCAUGACGGUUUUGAGUUACGUCCAUGUUUAUAUAUGUAGCUCUUGUAAUUUUCUAGUGUCUUAUACCUCUGUUCUAUUAAAAUAACUUAAUUCUGUU